AUGGGGAAUUCUGCGAGUCGCACGGCACAUCAAGUUUGGAAGGGACCGUUUAGUGACGAUGAGUACGAGUGUCUGAGGAUGAAGUUCGACGAAUUGAUCGCGUCGGCGUCGUCAGAAGCUGCAGUUUCCACCAAUUUACAGACGUGGCUCGAGCUUUCGCCACCUGCUGCAGCCCCAAAGGAACUGACUCUUCCAUGCGCUCGAGUAGGCUUGAACUUUUAUCGUUUGUGCAUGGAAGCAAAAGAAAACAAAGAGUCGGGCGGAGACCGAUCAAAGAACUUGCUCAUGGAAGACUUUGCACGAGCAGUGGCACAAUGUGUGCGGGCAUCAUCGCAGUCAAUUUGUUGGUCACUGUUCCGACUAUUUGCUGAAGAUGCUCACGCUUGUGCCACGACGGAGCAAGGAUUGAGCCAACUACUAUUUGCCUGCUUAGUUAUGGCUCAAGGCGAAGAAGUGGAAGAAGCGGGUCGUAUCACACACGUGGCAACAGCACUCGGGCGUGCCGCCAUGCCACCGAAUCAUACCCAGGCGACGAAUGACGAUUUUGUUCAAUGGAUUGGAGCUCAGUUUCCUCUUCUCUACACGAUCUUCAUGUCAUGGAUGGCCCGUAAAAGCUUUGGCUUGUUGACGAAACCGUCGUAUGAAAUGCCCCGAUUGUCGCACCGAAGCGACAUUUUGGCAAGGUCACAUUUCGUAGCGUUAUCGGCCGUCACUACGUUAAUGCAGACACCGCUCAGUCGCCUGUACACGAGUGCGCAGGAUGGAUUGAGCUUUAAUCGUCUAAGUUACCAUAUCCUAGGAUAUUCUGGACCAACACUGACGGUCAUCCAAGACACGCAAGGAGCUGUGUUUGGCAUGUUUUGCGAUACCGAGUGGAAGGAGUCAUGCCGUUACUAUGGAGGGAAUGGGUGUUUCCUCUACCGGAUGGAGCCUGACGUUAUUAUCUACCGCGUGUCGGCAAGUGGUGCUAACAAAAACUACAUGUACUUGAACUCGAAGGGUUUUGCACUUCCUCGCGGACUUGGUAUCGGAGGAUCGACUGAGAAGUUUCGGUUAUUUUUGAGCGAAGAUCUGGACGAACACAGCUACACAACUUCGAAUGACUUGUCCUUCGAAUCGGGUACGUUGUCGUCUAGCGAGCAGUUUACAGCUGAGACCAUCGAAGUGUGGGGAUGUGGAGGAGAAGAAAGCGAAGACAACCAGAAAUCUCAUCGCCAGGAGACGGCUGACCUGAUAAACCGGGCACGAAAGGUCGAUAAGGCUCAAUUCGUCGGAAGUGACUUUGACAAAGAAAUGUUUUUGGGGAAGACUUUCGGCCACGGAACGGACACAGCUCGUGUAGCUGAUGACGAGCACUGA